AUGUCACUAAUUAAAGAUAGUCUCAACAAUAAUACUACUGCUACUACUAGUACGAUAGAUGAUAAUAAUAUGUUUGCAUUAUCAUUUGCAAAUCAUCCAAUGGAUUUAAUAAGUAAUACUGAAAAUCCACCAGAUUUACUGGAUUCAAAUAAUAAUGGAGAUUCUUUCCAUGAAGACUUCAUUAUGGAUUUAGAUACUUAUAAUAAUGAUAUUAAUAACAAUAGUAAUAAUAAUAAUAAUAAUAAUUACAAUCCUACAAUUAUUACACCUAACGUUAAUUUUAUCACUGGCGGUUUUGAAAAUUAUGAUGUUGGUCAAAAUAUGAAUAACAGAGAAAUUGAAUCUAAAAAUCAAAAUAAUUUAUUAUCAAGUACUAAAGGUUCUUAUGAAAAUAUAAUAGAUUCAUAUGCAAACGUCGCUCAACAAAAUUAUAGAUUAUGGCUGUCAUCGUUUUAA